CCCCAACACGACUUUACUCUUCACAUCUCCACCACCACAAUCAUGAAGACAUCUCUGGUCCUCCUUGCCCUCAGUCUGCUGGCUUGUUCAGUUUGGGAAAUCCAUGGGCAAUGCCAAGAGGUUGACCUUGAUGACCAGGAAAUAGUGGAAGCAAAGCCGGAAAAGCGCAUGGAGCAACAGCUAAAGGGGACCUGCUGGGUGUGUAAGUGGGCACUGAACAAAGUGAAGAAAUCCAUCUCCACUUCCUCUAGCCCGGAGGAGCUAAAGCAGACGCUAUUGUCCGUUUGCGAUAAUAUUGGCUUCCUAAAAUCUGGGUGUAAAGGCCUGGUGAAAAAACACUUGUGGGUGCUGAUUGAGGAGCUUAGCACAAGCGAUGAUGUGAGGACCAUCUGUGUUAACAUUAAGGCCUGCAAACCAAAGGAAGUUUUGGACCUGAGCUACUGACCAAGCAGCCAGUAUCCAGAUUCCAAAGUGAGAAGAUGGAUGUUCAUUUAUCAAGACAAUGCUAUGCUGCCAGUAUCUUGCUCUUUCUUUUUCAAACUAGUCACAACACAAACAUAUAUAUGGAUGAUGAAGUUAUUGGAAUGAUUAUGUUCUGAAAUAAUGUUUUGUGAACAUGUCUUAUAAUUAAGCAAUAAGGCCAGAGGGGGUGUGGCAUAUGGCCAAUUUACCAUGGAUAAGGACUGUUCUUAUUUACCAUGCAACGCAGAGUGCCUGGAUACAGCCCUUAGCUGUGGUGUAACGGCCCUAUAACACAAACCCCUGAGUUGCCUUGUUGAUAUGAUAAACAGGUUACCAUUGUAAUUAGAAAAGUAAGUAAGUUGUUUUGCUGAUUGGCUGACAGCCGUGGAAUAUCAGACCGUAUACCACGCGUAUGACAAAAAAAAGACUUUACUGCUCUAAUUACGUUGGUAACCAGUUUAUAAUAGCAAUAAGGCACCUCUGGGUUUGUGAUAUAUAGACAAUAUACCAUGGCUAGGGCUGUAUCCAGGCACUCUGUGUUGCGUCGUGCUUAAGAACAGCCCUUAGCCGUGGUAUAUUUGCCAUAUACCACACCCCCUCGAGCCUUAUUGCUUAAAUAUACCACAGCUUUCUGGAUCAAAUGAUUAUCAUAAUGUAUGUGUCAAUUUUAAAAUGCACUCUUUUUUUGUAUCACGUACAAAUGUAAAAAAUGUGCCAUUUUAGUCCAAAAGGUUGAAAAUGUUUGUGUGAUGUUUUUUGUUUGGGCAAAAAAUAAACCUCAAUUGACAGAGAA